AUGGAUCCUCAAUUCGCUUCUAACAAGCGUAUCCGAAAGCACUCAUUCGUGCGAAAAGAGGUUCUGUUUCUGGGAGACAGCAGACAAGAGUCAAGUGUUGAGAAGAAAACCUCACUCCGGCCAGAUAGACGUGACAAGGUAGUGCCACAUAAGGGGCAUCCUGCCCAACAAGGUUCGACAAGUUCUGGCGCCGAAGUGCAAACGGAUCCACCUAUGGAUCCUCAAUUCGCUUCUAACAAGCGUAUCCGAAAGCACUCAUUCGUGCGAAAAGAGGUUUUGUUUUUGGGAGACAGCAGACAAGAGUCAAGUGUUGAGAAGAAAACCUCACUCCGGCCAGAUAGACGUGACAAGGUAGUGCCACAUAAGGGGCAUCCUGCCCAACAAGGUUCAGGAAGUUCUGGCGCCGAAGUGCAAACGGAUCCACCU